ACGAACUGAGGCAGUUGCCAAGUGCCAGGCGAAUGGCGAUGUAAACAACUUUAAGUUCAGUUGCGGUUAGCUCAAAUCCUCCAACCAACUCCACCUCGUCUUCUCCGCCCACCCUUCUCUCUUUCCCUCUAUUAUCUCCCCACAACUUCACAUUCCCACUCAAAACCCCCCAAUUCCUUCUCUCUCGCAUUCUCCGCACCCAAAAAUGGCCUCCUCUCCUUUCCUCUCCAAGCCCACCAUUUCAUUCUCCUCCUCCGUCUCCACCUCCCUCCCAUGGCGCCCCUCCCUCUCCUCCACCGCAUUUCGCGCCAACCCCCGCCGCAGAACCCUGACCGUCCAAUCCAAGAUCAGGGAGAUCUUCAUGCCCGCCCUCAGCUCCACCAUGACCGAGGGCAAGAUCGUCUCCUGGAUCAAAUCCGAGGGCGACGUCCUCUCCAAGGGCGAGAGCGUCGUCGUUGUAGAGUCCGACAAGGCUGAUAUGGACGUCGAGACUUUCUACGACGGCAUCCUCGCCGCGAUUGUCGUCGGCGAGGGCGAGACCGCCCCCGUCGGCGCCGCCAUCGGAAUUCUCGCCGAGACUGAAGCCGAGCUCGAUGAGGCCAAGGCUAAAGCCAAAGCCGCCGAUUCCGGUGCCGUUACGCCCACUCCUCCUCCUGCUACUGCCACUCCCGCACCUGCUAUUGCGCAGCCUCCUCCUGCUGCCACGUCAGCGGCUCCAGCUGGGCCCAGGAAGACUGUGGCUACUCCCUUCGCGAAGAAGCUAGCUAAGCAACACAAGGUGGACAUUGCCACCGUCGUGGGCACCGGCCCAUUCGGCAGAAUUACUCCUGCUGACGUGGAGGCUGCCGCCGGAAUUGAGCCGAAGAAAACCGUGGCUGCCGUGCCUACUCCGGCUGUGGCGGCUCCGGCCAAGUCUGCUGCUUCUUCCGCUCCUGCAUUGCCUCUACUUCCAGGUUCCACUGUCGUGCCUUUCACCACAAUGCAGGCUGCAGUCUCGAAGAACAUGAUCGAAAGUCUCUCGGUGCCGACGUUCCGGGUGGGCUAUCCGGUGAACAGCGAUGCCAUAGAUGCGAUGUAUGAUAAGGUGAAACGAAAGGGCGUGACCAUGACUGCCUUGCUUGCCAAGGCGGUUGCUAUGGCACUUGCUCAGCACCCGGUUGUGAAUGCCAGCUGCAAAGAUGGGAAGAGCUUUUACUACAACAGUAGCAUAAACAUCGCCGUUGCUGUGGCUAUUGAUGGUGGGCUGAUAACCCCUGUUCUUCAGGAUGCAGAUAAGGUGGAUUUGUAUUUGUUAUCUCAGAAGUGGAAAGAGCUGGUGGAGAAGGCUCGCUCAAAGCAACUUCAGCCCCAUGAGUACAACUCAGGAACUUUCACUCUCUCCAAUUUGGGAAUGUUUGGAGUGGACAGAUUCGAUGCUAUUCUUCCUCCAGGCCAGGGUGCUAUCAUGGCUGUUGGAGCUUCAAAACCCACUGUUGUAGCUGAUGCUGACGGAUUCUUCAGUGUAAAAAGUAAAAUGCUGGUGAAUGUAACAGCUGAUCACCGAAUUGUUUAUGGAGCUGAUUUGGCUGCCUUCCUACAGACAUUUGCAAAGAUUGUUGAGAACCCAGAAAGCCUGACAAUGUAGAUAAUAUUCAGGACUCCCAUGAUUGAAAGUUUUUACCCCUUCAGCCUCUAAUUUUCAUCAGCAACAAUGGGAUGAUUUCAGGGGUGCCCAGCUGAGGAACACACAUUUGCAGUCAUUUCUAGCAUUUUCCGCUUGUGUUGUACUUUAAUUUAUUUUUCGACUUUUAAGAAAUGCAAUACUCUGCCGGUCACUGUUGAGAAAAUUUUGAAAGAACAGGAAAUAGCAACUUGACGAUGUUUUGAUAAAUACUCUGUUCAAUAAUAUCACAAUCCUUUGCUAGUUA